AUGAAGGGCAUCGGUAGCUUCUCCAAGCGAGGGGCAGCUUUUCUGCCAAUAAAAUGGCAGCAAAUGACGCAGCAGCGUUACCUGGGCCAGGCUCCCUCAGGCCGUCAGCUUAACAGCAUUGAUGCGUCUUGGACGGAAGCUAAGAAGCUGUUCUACAAGCCCGCGCUGGGAUACGCUGAGUUCGCCAAACGCGUCGAGGCCUUACGGAUGCUCGCGUUCUGGGCGCUGGUCACCGGGCUAACGGUGGACAUCGUGCUCGAUCCGCCAAAGAGCCAGUACUGGGCGAAGUGGAACCUCAUCAAAAUGCCUUCGAGGAUCAUGGAGAAGUUUGGAGGACAGACUAAAACGGAGGCCCCGCCCGCACCGGCGAAGCUAGGUGCCGAUCUCCUGACAGACGCUGCUAGGGAGUACCAUCGCAUAUGCAACUUGUAA